UGCGGCCACACCAAACCAAUACUGGAGUGAACAAAGUACAAAGUACAAACCACUUGGCACUCAGACAGUGAUGAGUCGUUUAGCAACUCUUCCGCUUCUCCACAACAAAAGCCAGCAACCAUUUCCAUUUCCUCAAAACCCUUUCACCUGCACACUGCGUCGUUUCGACUGUCUCUCUCUCUCAUUUUCCCCAAAAUGAGUUUACGGCCUGUACCAGCUUUCGCAUCGGACAGCAAUGGCGAUUGCACUAACCCAAAGAACCAGAGCAUUUCGGAGUUGGUUUCGAAGCUCAGAACCGCGUAUCGGAGUAAAGACUUUGACCGAGUCGAAGAGGUUUUGGUAGCAAGAGAAACGAAAUUGAAGCGAGAAUUUGAGAACGAGAAGAAACAGAACGCGUUGUUGACGGAGAAAUUCCAGAUGGAGAAUCUGGAUCGGAUCUACCUGGAAGACGAGCUUGAAAAUCAGAAGAAGGCAUUGGAGGCGGCUCUAGAGAGAGAGAGGAAAGCGGAGGAGGCGAAGAAUUCGAAGCAAGAUGAGAAGAUCGUGGUUGGUGUGCUUCGGAGGAGGAUUUGUGAGCUCGAGUGCGAGAAUGUGAAGGCUAAAGGCGAGGUUGAGCUUUGGAAGAAGAGGUUUGAAGAAUUGGGGAUUAGGGUUUCGAAAUUAGAGGAAGAUAUAGCAAUGCUGACGGAUUUAGAGCCUCUGGUUAACAAUAAUGGCGGUGGCGAGGUGAUUCGGGAUGGUUCCGACGAAGUGAGAAGAGAGAAGAAGGAUUUGAAUGAGAAUGGUGUUGAAAAUUUUGGUCAAAAUGGGGUCUUUGUGAAGAUUGAGAAUGAUGGAUUGUAUUGCAAUGGAAAUACGAGUAGAGAAGCCAGUAUGGGACUUGGUUUUGAAGAAAAUGGAGAUAUACCAACUACUGCAUGUAUGAGUAAAGAAACCUUUGCAGGACUUAAUUUUGAUUCUCCGAUCAAAGGAAAUGGGGAUUCUCAAACUGCAGGUAAGAAAAAUGGGAUUAUUGACAUCAUUGAUAGUGAUGAAGAUUGUGCUCCGGAAGGAACUUCAAGUGGAAAAGAAAUAAAUUCUCAAAAAUUUGCAGACAAUGUGCACUCUGAUCUGGCUGCUGUGGAAAAUGGGACCCGAAUGCUCAAACGAAAACGGGAUUCAUGUGUAAAUGUGAGUGAAAAAAUCAACAAUGUUGAUCAAGAAAAAGAUGAAAUAUUUAAAGCCAGUAAACGAAAGAUGGAGCCAAAACAAGAAUUGAUUAGUGAUCCUGAGGGUUCUCCUCCCAUUCAUAUGUCAAGAAAAGCAGUUUCUUCUGGUGGUAUUGGUGUUGAUAAACUUAUAAGACCAUCAAGGCAGGAUCAGGUGUUUUUGAGACAAUGUAAGGAGAAUAUGGGGAUAGAACAAAGCCCACAAAAUCUUUGGCAUAAUUUGGAUUUGGAUGGGGAUAGUGAUGACAGUUCUAGUUCGUCAGAUUCUGAUGAUGAUGUGAAUGAUUAUUUGAAUUUGGAUCGAUUUAUGCCAAAAGUCCAAAGGAACAGAGAUAAUCAAAAGUGGGAGUUCGAAGCAAACAUGCUUGAAGAAUUUCGGAAAGAUGAAGAACUUUGUAUGGAGGCCGUUUGUGCACUUUACAGACAGCACACCUCUGUGAAAAGAUCACCUUUCGGUUUUUCACUUCCCAAUAACCGAGGAUUUAAGAAUUUUGAUGUAGCCAGGGGGACUACUUUGGCAGAGUUUCUUAUAGCUGGUGAUCCACAAAAAAAGCUGAGGAAAUCUGUUGCAGAGUUGGAGAAGCAUGACCAGAAAGGUCUUUCUGACUGCAGAAGAUUAGCUGUUACUCAUGCUAAGCAACUAUUUGAGAUAUACCAGAAGAAAGAGGAUCCUUUCUUCUGAUCUUGAUAAUUUAAAUUUGCAACUUCUGGUUUUCAAAAGUCAAUGCUGAUGCAUGUAGGUCUAAGUGUCCUAGUCCUAGAAUACUGGGUCUUCUUGAUUGUUCAUAUCUCACAAUUUUGAAUCCUUUUGUUGCUAGAUGGCUGUAUAUAGUUUAUAGACACAUGCAACAGUGUCUGAUACCAACUGAUUCUACUAGUAUAAAAAAUGCAAGGAGUCCCUGCUUGUUUCCUGAUA